AUGGAUAACCGCAGAGUCAUAAAAGCGUACCGUGAUCGGACCAGGGAGAAAGUGUUACCCUACCCCACUCGUGGUGGUCUUUUGUCUAGGGUGAAACGAUACUUUUCUGCUGGAUCACCUCAAGUCACGGAAAAGGUUCAGCAAUCUCGUUCAACCACUCAACCCGUACCUGCCAGCGCCAAUAAAAGCAUACUUCCACGGUUGGAGUCGUUUUCUGUCACAGUCAACGACUCGGUGGCCGAAGGAGACCAAACCACCAACAGGAUUCUCUCCAGUUUCUUUCAGGAAAAGGGAGAUCGGCCCUUGACUCAGGUUGAGUACGAAGGUGUCAUGUCACUCUUGGAGAAAUCGAAAGCAUCGAUCACUUUGCCCCUUCCGGAGUCGCCCGAGAAGCCUACUGCGCCUGAUGAUGACUCAGAAUUGGAGGCACGCCAAAACCACACGUUUGCUCCUUAUUCACAGAAGAUCUUGAGGAAUACAAGCAUGCUCGACGCAAACUCCACUUCCUUGGCCACUCCAGACUACAAGCCGGUGUACCACACCUUCAGCGAUACGUCUCGCGGCAAUACGUCCGUGAAACGGGUGUACCAAUUCUCUGGUUUGCCUUCUCCAUAUAGAACUAGAAUUAGAGCUCCUAAUUUGAAUGCCAGAAGAGCCAAGCGUCUCACGACUGCUACUGGCACCUCGACAGCGUCUGCUGGAGUAUCUGAGGGUACCUCUACUGCUGCCUCGAUUGCUGGUAGGGAGUUGAAUGGCGAUAAUCAGGAUUCUGCUCAAAAACAAAUGAGCAAUACAGCUAAUUCGCUCUUGUCUAUAUUGGAUGGUGGAAACUCCAAAGAGCUGGUGGAUUCGACUUCUUCCGUCAAGCUGCUCCAUAACCCAUUUGCCAGAAGUAAACGGAAGAAUCCUAUUUCACUGAAUCCUCCUUCAAAGAGACAUACAACUUUCGGAGCAAAUGAUAUCUCCAAAACAGUUUUACACAGCAAGGUUGACGAGCUAGACGAAAAAAUGGACGCAGCCACCACAUUUACGUUUGGAAAGCCUGACCUUACGGAGGUGAAUGGCAAGAACGUUCAAAACAACUCGGAUAUCAAGCAAUCUGAUGACACCAAGAGCGAGUCUAAGAUCGAUGUAAACGAAACCGACAAAAAAGAAGAUACAAACGGUACUCAAAAGCCAUUCGGCCUGCUAUUCAGCAAAACUGAGACUAAUGCUAUAGAAAACGGCACUAAUGGCGAGUCUAAACCUAGCUUGUUUAACACGACCCUUCCAAAGUUCAAUUUCGGCGAAAAAUCAUCUGAGCAGGAGGCUCCAACUCCCACCACAUUCGGAUUUUCCAAGAAGGAAGAACCAAAAGCAACCGAAAACGGAUCCGCCACCUUUACUUUUGGAAAACCUAAGGUUCCAGAGCCAGCUCCUUCUAACGGUUUCACUUUUGGUCCAUCCAAACCUACUGAAAAGCCUGAACCACUCCCGCAUUCAAUAAAGUUGGAGAAACCUGAGGAGAGUUCACUGGAGAAACCACUAUUUAGUUUUGGUCUUCUGAAGAAAGAAGAAACCACUCUGGAGAAGCCCCUGUUCGGUUUUGGUGCAUCUAAGGCUGACGCUCCAAAGACUCCAGCUUUCAAUUUUGGAUCUAAAGAGGGAAUUGAAGAAGCAAAAGCCCCUGUUUUCAAUCUCGGUUCUAAACCAGCAAAUGAAGAUACGAAAGCUUCAGCCUUCAAUUUCGGUAAUAAACCAGCAACUGAGGAAACGAAGGUACCGAAAUUUGGUUUUGGUUCGAAAUCAUCAACUGAAGAAACAAAGGUCCCAACGUUUGAUUUUGGUUCGAAACCAUCGGCUGAAGCAUCGGGGGCCCCAACAUUUGGUUUUGGUUCUAAAGCUGGAACUGAAGCCGCUAAAACUCCAGCAUUUAACUUUGGUUCUCAGCCGACGAAGAACACGGACUCCAACUCGUCCAAGGAUGUAAAGCCAGCUUUCUCUUUCGGGAAUUUCGACUCCAAGUCCCCUGCUUUCUCAUUCGGCAAGCCAUCUGUUGCAUCAUUAGACACGCCUGAGACGAAAGGUACUCAUGAAGUUUCGGAAAGCAAUGGCAAUGCAAAUAAAGGAUCACCUUCAGCUAUAUCGGAUGUGUCGUUCACUUUCCCUCCCGUCAAGGUUAUAACUGGUGAGGUAGAUGAGGCCAAGGUUGAAGAGUUCAAGUCACUUUUCAAGUUUUAA